CUUCGAGGUGUGUUCAAAUUAACUUGGUAACUCGAGAGUGUGGAACAUAUACUACUUGUGCUUAUCGGAGGGUCAUUUGCUACAAAAAUCUUAGAUAUUGAGGGCCUCUGGAUGUAUGCGGCCAAUUAUUGAACAUCAUAUCUUGUUAAAGAAUACAACACUGAGGCCAUCAGGCUGUUGUUUUAGUUGUUUUUCUUCGCAAAGCGUGGUGUUUGUGGAUACAACGCCAUUGCGGUUGCGAUUUUUCGAUGUUAUAUAGACAAAUGGCUUCAAGCAGUACAAUGGCGGAUGCUAGAACCUGCACUGUUGAUGAAUACUACAAUUGUGACAGCGAUUCUACGCCAAUUGACUUACCUGCAACUCUAACUGAGCUUUUAGACGACUUGUCAAUUCCAGGAUCGCUUUCUUCUAGAUAUGGAUCCGAUUGUAAUGAUGGCAGUUCUAUUCCUUCGAUGCGGCAAAGCAUAGAGGAUGCUUCAGUGGAUAUAGCAACUGAGCAUGUAACAAAUAGGCUGAGUGAACUCAAAUUUCCAAGUUCAACCCUUCCACACCCAGAUGUCUCCCCUUUCUACAUUCCGCUACCAGUGCGAAGUGUUCCCAUCAGUGGUGCUCCGUACCAACACAUGAGAUCACCAAUAUGCAGAUUUCAACAAGGUCACGCGCCUACUACUGUAUAUAACGGCAUGCACAAUCAAGUUCCUGGUUAUUAUCCUAAGCCAAUUAAUAAUGAUUUAACUCCGUUCACCGAGGCAGCAAACUGCUAUGAGAGAACUACGUCGGAUUGCGAAAAAUCGGUUGGUCAGCGUACGGUAUAUUCAUCUGAAAAUCACGAAUGGGAUGAAAUGACACGAGGGCUUUCCACGAGUGUAUCCACGCUCUCUGGUAUUCAGGACGGAUAUGAAUAUCUGUCACCAUCUGUUGAUGCGACUCUGCGUAAUAUGCAAACAGGGUUCGGUAGCAUUGAUUACAAGUAUAUGCCAAACGGUAGCAUGGUCCCUCAUCCAAGGGAGCAAAUGUAUACCAUUAUCAAUGGCCAAACUCCAGAUCAUGGAGGAAAUGAUAAAAAGACGAUGAAGCAGGUUGAGUUUUCAAUACUUAGCAGUGCUAAGUUGAAUGCUGCAAACGAAUUCAGAAGAACGUCAUUGUGCAAGUACUGGCAACGUGGCAUUUGCCAAAACAUUGAUUGCAACUUUGCUCAUGGUAAGAAAGAGUUGAAAGGGACGGUUGGUGUAUGGAAGACUACACUUUGCCAUCAUUGGAAAAACGGUACAUGCCGUAUCGGAAUUGAUUGUCGUCAUGCUCACGGCGAGGAAGAAUUACAGCCGAAGAACGUUCCACUCAACGUUAUUAAGAACAAACUCUUGAACACGAUACUGCGCGACGAUAUCGCUAACAAUCGUGUUGGCGCAAACUCCAGUAACCAACCUGUGAAGGCCAAAAUGUCAUCACUUGAGGCCACUAAAGAAGCCUCUUCAAAAGAAUUGACGACCAACUCGAAGCCAAAAGCUGAAUCAAGUCAUAGGCAUGCCAGACGCCGCAGAAACCAUGGCCGGCGGAGUUCGAAAUAAUGGAUCUAGUAUACACAUCCGAGUGGCUAUGAUUGCAUGGUUCAUUUUAUCUGAUACAUGCCGUUAAUGACCAUGUAUUGGUUGUGUACAGAAGAUUGCAUUGUUAUCUGUUAAAUUAUACUGGCUCCGCCGAUAAGUGUUGAUUGCCUGUGGGAUCAACACGGUUCCUCUGCAUCGAGCGUUGAGUCAUACUUGUUCAAACUGUGAUAAUGACUAUUGUUGCACGUAUGCUGUGGGAUACAGAACUGCCCUGUAUGGGAUAAUUACUAAUUGUGUUCGGAGUGAUGGUUGUUAUUACGCUUCCGAAGCAUUACCGUCGUUUGUGCAUUUUUGUCCAUUGACAAAUUGUUGGCACUCCUUAAGGUAAUUUUCUUGGCCGUUGGACAUUCUUUCACACCUCAUGAUGACUCUAAUGUCCCUUUCACGGCUCUCUCAAGCAGUCUUACGCUUUCAGGAUUCUAUUAAUUCACCAGUUAAACAGCUUGGUAGAUAUUGCUUUGCAGUGAUUAUGUGUCUUCGGUUUGCAAACUUGUAGUUAUGCACGUCUAUGAAGGCAAUAUAUGCUCAAGGAUGAUUAC